AUGCAUUUCGAAAUUGUCGCGCUCGAGAAACAGCAUCAGCCGCUCUUCGAGACACUCGACCUCCCACCAGACACGACCUACAGCCUCAGUUCAUAUCUCUCUACCACGCGCGACGAACUGCACGCCCGCAUUCGUAAUGCUGAUAUCGUUAUUGUUACAACCGUAAAGCUUGAUGCUGAAACGUUGAGCCACGGUGUCACACCGCGAUUGCGUUACGUUAUUGUCUCCGCAACAGGCACGGACUGCGUAGACCUCCAUUCUUGCCAGGCCCGAGCCAUCCAUGUAUGCAACUGUCCAGGGGCAAAUCUGGAGGCAGUAUCCGAGCGUGCAAUAAGUCUUUACUUUGCAGCGCGACGCAGGACUGUUCUACUAGAUGAGAUUACACGUCGCCAGCCCAGAAAGCGUAUCGCAGUCGUCGGACGCGCCCUGGGGAUGAAGGUGCUCGUGGCUGCUCGUAAGCCGUCCUCCGACCCCGUACAGGGGGAUGCACACGAUGCACUUCAGAUGUCAAAAACGGAAGAUAGCCUCAUCGUCUUGUCGCUACCGCGAAACCCAGGAACGCUGAACCUACUAUCUGCGCCCGAAUUCGAAAGGAUGCAUUCUUAUGCCGUUUUGGUCAACAUCGCGAGAGGCGGUAUCGUCGACGAAGCAGCCGUCGUGCAGGCUUUGAAAGAGAAGCGCAUUGCAGGCUAUGCGACGGACGUGUACCAAGUCGAGCCUGCGGGGGGACCGGAAGACACGCCUCUCCUCGCGGAUAAUGCAAAGGACUUGAACUUCACUCUGAGCCCACAUCUUGCGUGGUUCUCGCAAAGGACGGUCAAGAACUUGGGGGAGAUUCUCAAAAGUACAACAGAGGCAGCAAUCAAGGGCGAAGACCUUAAUGUGGUCGUCUAA